AUGGCCGAACAGACACGUUUGAAGAGAGCAUCACAGUCGCAGUCGUCUUUGGAAGAACAAGACGAAGAAGAUUCAGUCGAGGAAACUGAAGUAGAAGAGACGGAGAAUGAACAGCUGGAUGAAUUUAAUAUGUCAACGCGUCGUCAAAAUGAAACUUCUUCGUUACGUGGACCCGUUCCUCCAGUAAGUCAAGCAAUGAGAGAUAAUGGUUAUCGUCGUCCAUUAGAAGAUCUUUCAAAUCAUACACGUACACAGCGUUCACGAUCUCCAGUCGAUCGAGGUACGUUAAUUAAUGAAGAUGAAGAAGAAUUUAGUGAAAGACGAAAUGAAUUUGAAAUUCAAGAGACAUCAGGUACGGUCGGAAUAGAAUGUUUGUUUUGUUCUUGCAUUCCAGGUGCUGAUUUUGCACGUUUUUACCCAGCUCUGGAUAUGCACACUGGAAUAAUGGCCCGAAAAACCGAUCAACGAUCCACAGAAUUAUCAAAAAAGAUGGAUAAAUGGACUAAAAUGAAUGGAACAACGAACAGAGAACUCGACGCAUAUCAAGAUGGAAGUCAAACUCAACGUCCACCUGAAAUGAUAAGGAAAUUAUUUCCAUUAUAA